CAUGUCGUCACUUCCUGCUGUCACUGCAUGCACUUCCGGAAGAAGCGGAAAACAACAGUGUGAAUUUACAGGUCUACUGAAAUUUUCACCAAGAAAACAGAAACAACCAUUCAACAUUCAAAAGUCUUCUUACAGCAACAUAACUCAUCUGUCGAAAUGUUUGCCCUUCACGUAUUCGACCCGAUGACCCGGGGCUUUCAGAACCGUUUCUCCACGCAGUACCGAUGCUACUCCGUGUCCAUGCUGGCUGGUCCCAAUGAUCGCUCGGACGUGGAGAAAGGAGGCAAAAUAAUAAUGCCACCGUCAGCUCUCGACCAGCUCAGCAGGCUUAAUAUCACAUAUCCAAUGCUGUUCAAGCUGACCAACAAGAACUCAGACAGACAAACACACUGUGGUGUUUUGGAGUUUGUGGCAGAUGAGGGAAUCUGCUACCUUCCACACUGGAUGAUGCAGAAUCUCCUGCUGGAGGAAGGUGGUCUAGUCCAAGUGGAAAGUGUGAACCUCAUGGUGGCCACUUACUCAAAGUUCCAGCCCCAGAGCCCAGACUUCCUGGACAUCACAAAUCCCAAAGCAGUACUGGAGAAUGCUUUGAGAAACUUUGCAUGCCUGACAACUGGUGACGUCAUAGCUAUCAACUACAAUGAAAAGAUCUAUGAGCUCAGAGUGAUGGAGACAAAGCCAGACAAAGCUGUAUCCAUCAUUGAGUGUGAUAUGAAUGUGGAUUUUGAUGCUCCCUUGGGUUACAAAGAGCCUGAACGUCGACCUCAGCACCAGGAUGAACCAACAGAGGAAGAAACAGACCCCAGCAGUUACGCUGACAUGGACACAGGGUUCAGAGCUUUCACCGGCUCAGGCAAUCGUUUGGAUGGUAAAACAAAAGGGAUCGAGCCCAGUCCUGCUCCUCUUGGCCCGAGUGACAUCAAAAGGGGCAUUCCUAACUACGAAUACAAAGUUGGCAGGAUUACUUUCAUCAGGAACUCAAGGCCUCAGCCCAGGAAGUUUGUUGAAGAUGAUGACGCUCUGAACAGAUUCAUCGCCUUCUCUGGACAAGGACAAUCACUACGCAAGAAGGGCAGAAAGCCUUAAAAGAUUUGGAUGUGAAGAGAGACUGUCCUUUGUGCACAAACCCACCUGUCAUCUUUGACAGCAGAGUAAAAGAACUGGCCCUGCGAUGCACUGGGAUUUUUUCUCUGUAUCAUUGAAACAGAAGCUUUGCUGUUUGGUGUGGGUUAUCUAAUUCAUGACGCUGAUCUUCAAAUCAGCAAGAUGUGAGCUGCAUAGAAUACCAUCAUUUCAUAAGCGGUAUUCACAAACAAAUAGUGACUGAUUUGAACCAGGCAAAAUAAAAUAUAUCACCACAAAACCCACACACAGAAUAACUUGUAAAGAUUUGUUGCAUAAUUAUCAGAUUUGAAUCCCCUUUUAUACAGCCCCAUCCCCCUCUUUUUUCCAGAAGUGUUUCAUUUUUGCAUUUCUCUUUGAAAUAUACUGAUUUCCAGGGUUCCAAUCUCAUUUAAAUUUUAUGUUUAAGUUUUUUUCUGAGUUUCAGGAAUAAUUUUCAAGUGCUUUUCCUUUGUUUCUGGUUUAUUUAUAGACAAAUAAAGAAUUGUGCAUUGUAACUGA